AUGAGCCAAAUUGUUAUCACUGUGGACAUAAACAUGAAACUUUCUCUAAAGAGUGUUCAAAAUUUAAAUUGGAAAAAGAAAUACUCAAAAGAAAAACAGAAAAUAAUGUAUCAUAUAGCCAAGCAAAAAAUUUCUAAACCAUUCAUAUUCCUUGGAGAUUUUAAUGCUCACAAUAAAAUUCGGAACUGCCUAAACUCAAAUUCUCAGGAUAAGCAAUUGGAAAAAACAAUAAUAGAAAAUGAUCUUUGCCUGAUUAAGCCGACACAACCAACAAGAUACCAUGAAAACACAAACACUUCAUCCACAAUUGAUCUAGCCAUGACAACUCCAACUCUCUUUGAAGAUAUUGAAUGGGAUGCAGAACAUGACUUACAUGGCAGUGAUCACUACCCAAUAAUUAUAUCCAUCAGAAAUAAACCCACAAAUUCAGAUUUGAAAAGACUUAACUACAACAAAACAGAUUGGAGUAGUUUUACAUUCAUGAUAGAGGAACAAAUGAAAAAUUUUGACACAAUUGAUGAUGAGUCAAGGAACAGAUGGAUAGAAAUCAUAUCAAAAGUCAUAAAACAAACUACCCCAGUUAUUCAAAAUAAAAAAGAUUCAUUAUCAAUCUUCACAGCAGAAAUCAUUGCCAUUCAGAUGGCAAUAAAAUUCAUAUCUAAAUCCAAUAGUAAAAAUUUCAUGAUAUUCUCAGAUUCAUUAUCAACAGUUACGGCGCUUAAACAAUAUAGACCUCAACACAACCUUAUAAUUCAAACGCAAAACAGGAUACAUGAUAACUUAAAUGAUAACAAUGGUAAGAAAAUGACUCUGAUAUGGAUACCCAGUCACAUAGGAAUUCAGGGUAAUGAGGAAGUCGAUCAACUGGCAUCACAAGCUCACAAUAUUCCAAUAUCAAAUCUUCCCAUCCCACACAAUGAUUUAAGAUUUUGGACAAAAAAGGUUUCAAUGGAGAAAUGGCAACUUGAAUGGAACCAAACAUCAAACUUUCUUAAAUUAUCCACACCAUUUCUCAGCCAAAAAAAUGAAUUUAAAGGUUUAAAACGUAAACCUCAGACAAUCAUCAACAGAUUAAAAAUAGGCCAUUCAAGUUUGACUCAUUCCUGGAUUCUCAACAAAACAAAUUCGCCUACAUACAACUCUUGUAACGAAAAACUAACCAUCCAUCACAUUUUGGUCAAAUGUAAUAGUCACAAUAAUAGUAGGAAACGACAUGACAUCCCUUCAGAAGUAGAAAAAAUUUUUUCCAGAGAUAAAAUCAAUAAUCUAAUAUCAUUCCUUCAUGAAAUACAAAUUUUUAAUAGAAUUUAA